GUCAACUUUUCGUCAAAAAAGUAAAGGAAAGAAGGAUGGUGUAAUGUUUUCGCUGAAUUAAUUUUUACUUUCUAAUAUGGAGCACAAUAAUUUAGACGCUGCAAGUGGUGAUAAAUUUAAUUUGAAUGGGAACUGUUCACCAUCUCCGGAAAAACAGUCUUUCGACUUGAAUCAUACCAAAAAUAUUGAUGACAUCUCUACGCCUUCCGAACUGAAAUUUGAUGAAGAUUUCGAUUUCGAAGACCCUCAGAUAAGCGAAAAAAGGAAAGAAAUUGAGAGAUGCCUUCAUAGCCCAGAUACUGUAAACUUGGACCAGUGGCAACAUUUGGCCAGAAGUAAAGGCGGUCUUAUAAGUGAUGAUUAUAGGAAAGUUAUAUGGCCUCUUUUGGUUGGUGUGACAAAAGAUGAAAUGACAGAACCACCUUCUUUGGAUGAUUUAUCAACGCAUGGUGAAUACAACCAGGUGGUGUUAGAUGUAAAUCGUUCUCUAAAGCGUUUCCCUCCCGGUAUUCCAUAUGAACAGCGUGUAGCUCUACAGGACCAACUCACUGUACUCAUAUUGAGGGUCAUUAUAAAACAUCCCAACUUGAAGUAUUACCAGGGUUAUCAUGACGUGGCUAUAACACUGCUGCUAGUGUGCGGCGACCGCGCCUCGUUCCCUUUGUUGUGCCGGUUGUCGUGCGGCGCGGCCGCUCCGCUGCAACCGUUCAUGCAGACCACUAUGGCGCCCACUCAGCACUUGCUCAACUACAUGCUGCCAGUAAUACGACGCGCCGAUCCUGAUGUCGCCGACUGCUUGGACAAAGCCCAAGUGGGCACGAUGUUCGCCCUACCGUGGUACCUGACCUGGUUCGGCCACAGCCUGAACCGGUACUCGGACGUGGUCCGGCUGUACGACUACUUCCUGUGCUCGCCGCCGCUGUUCCCCGUGUACGUGACGGCGGCCAUCGUGCUGUACCGCGGCGGGGAGGUGCUGCGCUGCGACUGCGACAUGGCCAUGCUGCACUGCCUGCUCUCCAGGUUACCAGAUGACUUACCCUUUGAAGACAUAUUGGUGACAGCGGAAAAACUAUACCUCGAAAAUGAUCCCGAAGAUCUCGAACCGGAAGUUGCAGCGCUUGAGAGGAGAGAAGCGGAGAUACGUCACGCGGACGAGGAGCGCAUGCGCCGCCGGCGGGAGGCGGGCGCGCGGGCGCGGGCGGGGCGCGGGCGCGCGGCGGCGGGCUGGCGCGGCGUGACGUCACUGGCGGCGUGGCUGCCCGCGGUGACGUCACGCCGCGCGCUGCUCGCCACCGCCACCGUGCUGCUCGGCGUGUACGUGUACUACCGGCCGGAGCUGCUGUUCAACAGGUAGCGGCACGCGUAUCAGUUUGUCUUCUUCCGCUUCUAGGUGACGCGCCCCGCGGACGACCGCCGCCACGGUACAUAGGGACGAUCGAGCGAUAA